AUGUGUCCUUUUAAGUUUGUUGUUCAUGUAAAAGAAAAUGGAGAAAUGAUUAUGGAUUGCACAGGAGCCAUUAUACACACAGGAACUGCAUUUCACGCUAGACCAAUACGUCGGGAUGAGCGUCAAGUAUUACAUGAUGAAUUAGCUAUGAGUGCCAGCGCAACUGGAAUGUUUAAUAAAAAGUUGUUAGCCACACCACAAGAUGUUCUGAGCGCUCGUAAUUUGGAUGAUGUAGGAAAAAAUCCAAAUCUCUACAAUUAUUCAAUAUCCAGUUUAUUAACAAUGUCAUUCAGUACAUUUGUUCUUCCAUACAUGUUAUACGAUAAUAAAAAUUUAUAUUUAUGCAAAUAUUUAAUCAUUUUACCCGCAAUAUUUUCUACGUAA